GGCGGCCCGAGGCGAAGGCCCGGCGCGAGACGCGCGCGGCUGCCGCCCAGCGCCCGACCGCCGGGAGGGAGCCUGCGGGGUCGCCGACGGUCCUCGAGCAGAUUGCGAUCCGCCCGGCGACGGAGGUGCUCUACAAGAAAACGGCGUCCGCCUUCCUGGAGCACUGCACCAAGCGAGGACUCGACUGGUGCAGCGUGGAAGAGAUGGACGUGGUCCUCGCCCUGUACCUGAACGAUUGCGCGUGGAAGUCGCAGCGGCCGCGAGCGACCCGCGCCUCGAUCGCGUGGAAGCGUCGAACGCGGCUGCCGUUGCCGAAGGCGGUGGUCCAAGCUGCGCGCCUGCUGCUGGUGGAGGCGGGGGCGCCCUGGAUGGCUGUCUGGGUCGCCCUGUCGUUCGUGGCGUACCUCAGGCCCGGGGAGACGUUCAAGUUGCAUGGACGGAGCCUCAUCCCUCCGUCGCCAGCGGCUGGACUUCAGUAUCGUCACUGGGGCCUAUUCCUUCACGAUGCGGGGUCGCUGGUUCCUGGGAAGACAGGGCUUCGCGACGAGACUGUAUUGAUCGAUCUCGAUCUGUGGUUGGUCCCCGCGCUGGAGUACCUGAGAUCGACGACGAGCUCCGACUCCAGCCUGUGGUCGUUCACG